ACUGCUGCUAAACAACAAACACUUUCAUCUUCUCCAACUUGCGCACCUGGAUUCAGACGGGCCAUUUGUCAACAGCUAAUCAUGGAUAACAGGGAUCUAUACCAGUCCCAAGUGGAUUUGACCUUGAGCCUAUGUUCAACAAUCUACCAGAUGGCUGCAAAUGCGAAGGCCAACAAAAAUAACUGCCAACAAGUCGCCCAGAGAGUCAAAGUACUGGAGGGACUGGUUCAUACCGCUAAACAGAGAGAGCAUGGCGUAAUCUCUCCCACUGUGGAGAACGCUCUGAAGGAAAUCUGCAGCACUCUGAAAUCUGCCAAGACGCUGAUGGAGAAAUUCUCCCGAAAUAAUUCUUUUUCGGGAUUGAGGAAGUCCGGCAACCAUGACGACCAGUUCUCCAAUGUGGACGAAACGCUCAUUGAUAACUUACAGGUACUGUCCAGGGCUCUUCUGAUUGACCAGGGAAAGGACCUCAGCAGCAUGCCCCCCAUGGCAUAUAACACCACAACCACUAUGUCUCAACCCAUGAACAUGGCCCCCAUGGGGUAUAACCCCACAGUCUCUAUGCCUAAACCCAGGAACAUGCCCCCCAUGACAUCGUAUAACCCCACAGCCGCUAUGCCUCAACUCAUGAACAUGGCCCGCAUGGGGUAUAACCCCACAGCCUCUAUGCCUCAACCCAUGAACAUGGCCCCCAUGGGGUAUAACCCCACAACCUCUAUGCCUCAACCCAGGAACAUGGCCCCCAUGACAUCGUAUAACACCCCAACACCUGCGCUUGUCGGCUGGCUCAUACCCUCUAUGGAAACGUCUAACUCCAUGUCCUCCAUCCCUUUCUCCACGCCAAUUGGUUUUUCAACACUGUGGUGAAGGCUGACCGGAGUGGCUUCUGAAGUGGUAGGAGGCAGACA